GUGUCGAUCUCCCAGCCAGUCCUGGCGUGGUCUGCAGCCAGCUUUCAGGAGAUAUCCACUGUUACCAUCUCCUUUACAGUGCAACUGGCCACCAUUGCGCUCCGAGCCAUGCUAAUUAGUUUGCCUCCUGGCUUUCAGCACCGCGUCCGAAGCGUGGAGGAGUUCAAGGUCUCCAAUCAGCGAUUGCCGCUGCUGAAGGGAUCGACGGACUGGCUGGAUGUGUCAGUGUUGGACCGCAUCCUCAUCUCCCUCGAGCCCGAGGAUCCUGCAGUGGACGUUGGGACCUACAUGUUCUCGUUUCCGGUGGAGAUGCCGGUGGCUGCAGAGCUUCCCUCUGUGAACCUUUGGCAGCUGAGCUUCUGCAACAGCCGCUAUUGUGUUCACCCCAAGGACGAGGCUGUGCUCGUCUCCUUCCCUCUCCCCGGCUUCUUGCCGGGUGAAGUCUCUCUGCUGGAGCAGCGCCGCCAGCAGCUCGCGCAGGAGGCAGCCGGGCGUCCCGAGACCGCCUCGGCGAGCAGGAUGCGCUGGAGCAUUCUUCCUGGCGUGGCUGUGCUUCUAUGGCCCUAA